GUAAGUAGAGGAGAAGGAGAACCUGUGGAGCAGUCUCGUGUCUUCUGGUUCCCAGGAUCUGAGUGAGUCCAUCACACCAGCUCAUUACCUUCUCAGCAGACAAACAGCUGUGUUACUUUCCUCACAAUUGGAGUGAGAGACUACAGUUGCCGGCAGCGGGUUGCAGAAGUUUGAAAAGUCCUGGGCUUUACAGGCGAAUCUUAGUUUCCAGUCAACACCUGAAGAAGAUUGUUAAUUCUGGACUACUAAAGCAUCCAGUCACGACAUAGGCCUAUUGCUGGAGCCAACUGAAACACCCGGGACUAAAAUGGGCAUUUAAUAAAUGUACAGCAUAGAUGCCACACACUUUUUCAAACAGGAGACAGAGUUUUGCUCCUCGCCAUGGGGAUUCAGAGAUUUGUGUGCCUGAGUUGGCUGGUAUUUCUCUCAGCCCCGGAGAGUUUUGUUGCCACGUUGUAUGUGAAAUUGCCUCACAGGAAUUCGAGCUCGUUGCAUGAGGCUGACCCAUUUGAUGCCACAGAAUCGGGGCGAGACGAGAGGUUGCAUGUUUUCACUGUGGAUUAUGAAUACGUCCAAAUACCCUAUGAGGUCACCCUUUGGAUACUCUUGGCUUCCCUUGCAAAAAUAGGAUUCCAUCUCUACCAUAAACUGCCACACUUUAUGCCAGAAAGCUGCCUGCACAUUGCCAUGGGAGUCUUGGUUGGCGGGAUUAUUUUUGCCACUGAUCAUAAAUCCCCCCCAGUCAUGACCACAAGCAUUUAUUUCCUGUAUCUGCUCCCGCCCAUUAUCCUGGAGGGAGGCUAUUUUAUGCCUACUCGUCCCUUUUUCGAAAACUUUGGGUCCAUUCUUUGGUGGUCUUCCAUGGGGUCUCUCAUCAAUGCCUUCGGCAUUGGAGUCUCACUUUACGGGAUCUGCCGGAUCGCACCCUUCGGCCUCGAGGACGUCAACCUACUUGACAGCCUGCUGUUUGGCAGCAUGGUCUCGGCCGUGGAUCCUGCAGCUGUCUUGGCCGUGUUCGAGGAGAUGUCUGUGAACGAGCAGCUUUACAUGAUGAUCUUUGGAGAAUCUUUGCUAAAUGAUGGGAUCACUGUCGUCUUAUACAGCAUCCUCAUUGACUUUACCCACAUGCAUAAAUACGAAGAGAUUGAACCUGUGGACAUCCUGGCUGGAUUUGCUCGCUUUUUUGUCGUGAGUCUUGGCGGGCUGCUGUUCGGCAUCGCCUUUGGGUUUGUGGCAGCCUUCAUGACUCGCUUCACGCAGAACUUUUCUGCGAUCGAACCUCUCCUGGUCUUCAUGUUCAGCUAUCUGUCAUACUUAGCUGCAGAAACACUGUACAUCUCUGGCAUCUUGGCGAUAACGGCAUGCGCAGUGACCAUGAAGAAAUAUGUGGAGGCAAAUGUUUCCCAGAAUUCCUACACGACAAUAAAAUACUUCAUGAAAAUGCUGAGCAGCGUCAGCGAGACCCUGAUCUUUGUGUUCAUGGGAGUGUCAACGGUCGGGCGGAACCACGAGUGGAACUGGGCCUUUGUUUGCUUCACGCUGGUCUUCUGUGCGGUUUGGCGGGCGCUAAGUGUGCUUUUCUUGUUCUGCAUCAUCAACAAGUUCCGGACUCACAGGUUCACUCUUAAAGAUCAACUCAUUAUCAUCUACAGUGGCUUGCGAGGGGCCAGCAGUUUCUCCCUGGCAUUCUUGCUGCCUGCAGCUCUCUUUCCUAGAAAGAAGAUGUUUAUAACGUCUACUAUUGUGGUUACGUAUUUUACUGUCUUCAUCCAGGGAAUCACCAUUAGACCACUUGUCAAAUACCUGGACGUUAAGAAGACCAAUAAAAAAGAGUCUGUCAAUGAGGAAAUUCACAUACGACUGAUGGACCAUUUAAAGGCAGGAAUUGAAGAUAUAUGCGGACAAUGGAGUCAUUAUCAACUGAGAGACAAAUUUAAGAAAUUUGACAACAGAGUCCUCAAGAAGAUUUUGUUACACAAGCACCAACCUAAAUCUAGCAUUUUCUCGCUGUACAAGAAACUGGAAAUAAAACAAGUCAUUGAGAUGGUAGAGCGUGGAGAGAUGAAGCCACCUUCUUCCAAAUCAUCUUCUUUGAGGUUUAGAAAUCGAAGGAUGCAGAGACUUUCGCCCGCAGAGGUGGAUUCCAUACAGAAUAUACUGGCUCACAAUCUGUAUCAAGUGAGGCAAAGGACGCUGUCAUACAACAGGUACAGCCUUGCCGCAGACGCAAAUGAGGAGCAAGCCAAAGAAAUCCUCAUUCGUCGCCAGCAGAGCCUGAAGCAGACCGUGAGGAAAGGAUACAGCCUUCCUUGGGGAGGGCAGGCUGCCAGCAGAAGUAUGCGUUACUUAUCAUUACCCUUUGGUAACGCCCAAGCAACCAGAAGAGAUUAUGAGGAUCUAACAGGGGACUGUAGCAGCGAUUCCGAGUCUGUGUUCAUCAGGCUCAAUUCAGAACCUCGGCCAGGGUCACAGCGAAGAAAGUGGCAACAGCAGGAAUCACUUCCAAUGAAGCAGCUACAUUCAAGAGUCGAGCCAGCAGGUUUUACAGGUCAGAGAAGAAGAACAAAUGAAUGCGUUGAAAGAGCCAGAAUACAAAGGCCACUGCUAGGGUCGAAACCUCAGCUAACUGCAGUGCCUGAAACUGAUAUUAUUCAGGAACUUGAGUCGGAGGAUGAGGGGAACAGGGCAUCGAUACCAUCAGCAUCUUCUAACAAAUGGACAGCAGAACCGAAAGGUGAAUUUUAUGGGCGAAAAAGCCCCUUUACUAGAAGAAAAGAGUGAUUUUUCUUCUUCUUUGUGGAGCAUAACUGCCGUUUGAGCAAUGGCGUGAUUUGUUUUGGAAUUUGAUUUUUUAAAAAAACACCCUCUGUACUCAUCCUGAUUCCAGUUUAACUGAUGGAAGAGGUCGCUGCAUAACAAAAUGUGCGAGACCUGAUUGGCAACGAGGUAUCCAUUGGCCAGCGCUGAAAUCUGCAGAAAGCUCUGGCUGUUCAUGCGGAAGUCUCAUUAUAAAAUUAAUUUAUGUUUCUACUUUUGGAGGUGGAAAAACCUAGCCGUUGUAAAUGUCCACAAUGAACAGAGAAAGCUGGAUAGGCGGUGUUAACCGAAGUAUUGGCAAGUGUUUCAGUAAUGCAAAUAAUCACUGGGGGUUGGCUUUAGGUGUGAUUCUACACACAUUGCUAUGAAAUGGGCUUGGUCACGUGCUCAAGGCCUUUUCCUUGGGGAAAGAUAGGGAAGAGGUGCAGAGGGCCAAGAAAGAGCUGUGUCUUGCCAGCUGGAGGGCCAGCAGGAGGGCCAGCAGGCAAGUGAGAUGGCCAGAAAAAUGAGAAAUGAGACAGGCAGGUUGGAGGGGGCUGCCAAUUCAUCACUCCCAGGCACCCGCAAAAAUGGUCUCAUUCUACCUCAUGGUUGGUGCAAGCACAAUGAUUUGCUUAUGCAAGCAAUUGCCUACUACUGGCUGCCCUGUAAAGAAUACAGCAUGCACAGGCCUUACUUGGGAGGCCACGUGGAUCGAGGAUGACCUCAGCUUUUGUGACCUGAUUUCGAUAUAACUCUUUCCCAUCACGGAGGCCCACUUAUAGGUCUGUUUGCAUACCCUCCAAGUCUCCCUGUUUUCCAGAGACAACAGUCCCGGAAUUACAAAAGCCACCCCGGCUUCUGAUUUGAUCCCAGAAUGUCCCUAUUUCCUCCGCCAGUGCCGCCACCACUGAGCUCGGGGAGGAGGAUGAGUCAACAGUUGUCCUGAGCAAUGGCAGUGGCAGCUGUGAGGGAGCACCCUGUAGCCUCUGCAUGGUCUAGACCUCCAUGGCCACUGCUGCUGGCCUCUUCUCUUGGGCAGCUUGUAGAGGCUGCUGAAGAGUGGGUGACGAGGAGAGGCUGCCUCCGCCAAGGCAGGUGAUGCACAGGCUCUGAGGGGUAGGCCGAGGGCAGAGCCGUCCUGGGUGGGAAGAAAGAGCGGAGCAUAAGGAGUCUUGAUUUUUUUUUUUUAAAAAAAAAAGCUCUGUGGGUCUGUGUCUAAUCUUGCCCCAUUCUAAAGUGUAUUUAUUGGCAUGUUUUUCUUUUUGUAAAUCUGCCAAAAGAAUAAAAUAAAAUAACACUGAGAUUAAGGGUUUUUCUCAGGACAGUGGAGGGCACGUGUUCUGUCUCCUGUUGCCAUAGAGGUGGUGGCACUCAGCCUUCUUCUGAUAGGAAAUGCUCUGUGGUAGUGGGGACAAAUAAAAAUGGAGGGGUGUCAAGGAAUGAGUGAGACAUGUCCGUAUUUUCAUCUGAGGAAUGUUGGAGGGUAUGUGUUUGCCAAUAUUUGGGGCCCUGCGUGUUCAGUGCUACCACUCUUGUGAAAUCAUCCAUUUUUGCUGAACUUAUUUCAGUUGUACCUAAUGAUUUGUGUACCCCUUAGGCCACAAUUUUUCACUGGGGCUUUUUGCAAAAAAGGAGGAGGAGAAACCCUCAAGUAGAACCUGUAAAUCUGCAGUCUAUCUGCCUACCCCUGCUUUGCGGAAUAGUUAGUGUAAUUGUUAAUCAUGCAUCGAAAAUUAGACUCAUACCCGAUGUGCGAAUAAUGGAUUAACUAUUCAUUGUUGCUUAGUGUGGUUGUACACAUACUUCAGAUCUGCCUCUCAGAGGCAAACCACACAUUUUGAAUGAUUUCAGGGGCAUAUGCCAGCCAGACGUUUUGCCCAGACUACAGUAUGAAGCAUAAUUGAUAGUCAAGUCAAGUCAGGUGUUCUGUUAAAUGACUUCUUGUUCAGGCUAGACCUGGAAUUCAAUCCGAUUGUAUCACAGAAGUCAUGAUAUGUGGAGCAGUUUCUUAUGGUUGGUUCAUUAUGCUAACAGCAGCAGUAUGCAAGUUUUAAAAAUAAAGGGCAAUUUGCUCAUGCAGAUACCGUAACCCUACAGAACCUUUGAGAACCACUGGGUCAAAUUCAGAAAUGGAUUCCAAGAUUGGCGCCAGCAAUCAAAUAAAUAUUCCAACAUCCCACCUCAAAAGUGAGGAAGAAUUCUGGCAUUUGGGGACUAUGCUGGGUCUCAACCUUGUUCUAAAUCAAAAGAUGACAAAAGAGAAGGCAGAACCGGGGCUGAUACUUGUUGCUCCAAAACAUUCUGUAUAGUGAGCAGCUUUGUAAUCAGAAGAUUUGGACUCUCAGCUUUAGAAUCGCUGGAAAUCGAGAGUGCCCGGAGGCCUAACACCUUGCUUUCUGCUGAGACAUUUUUUCCUGAUCCUUAAUUGCAAAUGAAACUUUUCAGUCAGUUUCACCCGUGUAAAGUUUCAAGAGUCAACACUGCCUCUUGUUUAUUGUGGCCGAUCCUUCUCACAGAACACCUAGUUUCCUUGUUUCUUUCAAAGAGAAACAAGUGGGUGGGGAAAUGAUUUUGGAGCAGUGUGCCGAGGUCAGUGGCAACAUAGAAUUCUUUUGUUCCCUGUAUAAAUUUGCACCAACUGUAACUGAUUCACUAAAUAUUGCUAAGUGCUUUGCAAGUGGCCAAGCUGCUUUGGAAUAAUUUAGUAAGUGUAAGUUCUUUAUCAGAAUUAUUAUCAUAUGUAGAGUUAUACAAUGUGUCACCUCCGACCCUGUUUUGCU